AUGGCAUACUAUCUCGAAGUGGACUCAAUACAGAUACUGCAUCGUAAACAGACACAUUGGUUCAAGGAGUGCUAUACAAUGUUCCUCAAGCAACAGAGCAAACAGAAUGAUUUGACCUUUCAGCAAUAUCUCCAACAACACUACCCAACAGAGAGCAUGACCAAGACGCCGCACACCUCAUCGCGACUCAAUCUCUAUGGCGUGAUCACUACCAAGUCAUCGAUACUCACGACCAAGGGUAGCAGUGGAGUCGAGACGCCAAUGUUCUUUGUUCGCAUCAACUGUAUAACUGGACUUGAGCCUGGACCUGGACAUGGAGCUGGACCAGGUACGAUCACAUUCGUACUCUUCUAUGGCACCGAAUGCUUGAGAUGGUACCAUUUGUUGGAUGUUGGCAUGCAAUAUCUCAUGGCAAACUUGAAGACCAAUCAUCAGAUGACAGGAUCAGGCUCACGUUAUCCCAAUAUCCGAUUGCUACAAUGUAUCAAAGAGACUCAGUACUUUAUGUAUAGCGGUGACCAGGUGGAUGGGCCAUUGGGUACAUUCAAUCAACAAUCAAUUCAACAACAGAGUAGUCUACAGACUAUUCAGACAAUGAGCACUAUUCAUUACACUGGAAUGAUCACAUCGGACUAUCUUGCCAACGAAGGAUGCUACAAGAUUGAUGAAGUGUAUCGAUUAUUCUUCACUCACUUCUCCGUUCACAAUACUUUCAUUGGACAUGGACUACAUCAAGGCACACGAAUCACACUACACAAUGCGCAUCCCAUCAUCGUAAACAAGCAGCUCAUUGGCUUUGGAAUGUGUACAUCAAGCUCAUUCAAGUUUGAUGGAUUCCAGACUGCUUGCACGAGUGUUGUCACGAGGCCACAACAUGAUGUGUCGGAACUGCAUCGGACAUUAUCAAGACGAUACUCAAUCAUUGAUACAUUCGUACUGAUCAAGAUAUUCGGUCGAUUGAUGAUCAAGUUCCCAGCGACAUUCAAAGACAGUUCAUCAUUCUUGAGCGAUCGUAAUAUAAUUGACUCAAUAGCAGGCACAUUCAAUAUUGCACCGCAGACUAGAGGUGAUAACAUUGAGCGAGUGUUUGGUCAUGACACAAAGUGUGUUGCCAAAGGACAAUCAUGUGCCACAGACUAUCUGUUCGUCGUCAAGAUAUCAGAGAUACCCAGACCAAGAUACAAACCAGGAACAUAUAUGAGUAAAGGAAAGUACUCAUUGAUUGGACAGUUUGAGAUGGUACAACAGGACCAGGGUUGGGGUCUAGUUGCCAUCAAGGAUGGAGCAGGACCAUCAUCACUACUUUGUCAUGUGAUUGGUGUAAGUUUGAUGUGA